UUCAAAGGAGGAAAUAUGGCGGAAAACAAAGGAGGAGGAGGCGGCGGUGGCGGGGAGGGGGCUGGGGAGGCCGGGCAGGCCGGGGGUGGUACCGAGUCUGUCACCUCCGCCGCGGCGGCCGUUGUCACCUCAGCCGCGGCUGCCGUUGCGUCCCCGUCCCCUCCAGCCCCCGCCGCGCCCGAGGAGAGGGAGAGUCCCGGCGCGGUGGUCCUGGCUGUGGCGGCGGUGGCGGCAGACAAGGGCCCCGGGGAGGCGGAGGCCGCGGCGCCCGUGUUGGUGAGCGUAGGCCCGGCGCCGGGCCCCGUGCCGCUGGCUCCGCUGGGCCCCAGCCCCGCGCCCCCCGCCCUCUCCAGCGCCGCGCCGGGCCCGCUGUCGCUGCUGGACACCUGCGCAGUGUGCGCGCAGAGCCUGCAGAGCCGGGAGGCCGAGCCGAAGCUGCUGCCCUGCCUGCACUCCUUCUGCCGGCGCUGCCUACCGGAGCCCGAGCGCCAGCUGAACGUGCCCGUGCCCGGCGGCGCCAACGGGGACAUCCAGCAGGUUGGUGUGAUCAGGUGUCCAAUCUGUCGCCAGGAAUGCAGGCAAAUAGAUUUGGUAGAUAACUACUUUGUCAAAGACACAUCUGAAGCACCCAGCAGCUCUGAUGAGAAAUCAGAACAGGUGUGCACCAGCUGUGAAGAUAAUUCUAGUGCUGUUGGUUUCUGUGUGGAAUGUGGAGAAUGGCUGUGCAAAACCUGCAUAGAAGCUCAUCAACGAGUUAAAUUUACUAAGGAUCAUAUGAUUAGAAAGAAAGAAGAUGUCUCUUCAGAGGCUGUUGGAGCAUCUGGUCAGCGUCCUGUUUUCUGUCCUGUGCACAAACAAGAACAGCUAAAACUUUUCUGUGAAACUUGUGACAGACUGACAUGCAGAGACUGCCAGUUACUGGAACACAAAGAACAUAGGUACCAGUUUUUGGAAGAAGCGUUUCAGAAUCAAAAGGGUGCUAUUGAGAAUCUAUUAGCCAAACUCCUUGAAAAGAAGAAUUAUGUUAACUUUGCAGCUACUCAGGUGCAAAAUAGGAUAAAAGAAGUAAAUGAAACUAACAAACGAGUAGAACAGGAAAUCAAAGUGGCUAUUUUUACCCUCAUUAAUGAAAUCAAUAAAAAAGGAAAAGCUCUCCUACAACAGCUUGAGACUGUAACAAAGGAGAGACAGAUGAAGCUAAUACAGCAGCAGAACGAUAUCAGUGGUCUGUCACGGCAGGUGAAACAUGUGAUGAACUUUACUAACUGGGCCAUUGCAAGUGGCAGCAGCACUGCAUUACUCUAUAGCAAGCGACUGAUCACGUUCCAGCUGCGACAUAUUUUAAAAGCACGAUGUGAUCCUGUCCCAGCUGCUAAUGGAGCAAUACGCUUCCAUUGUGAUCCCACAUUCUGGGCAAAGAAUGUAGUCAACUUAGCAGCAACUCCUCUUACUCUGUUGGAGGACACUUUCGAGGUUCCUCAAGCUUCAGGGCAGCUUGUUGGGCACUGUGAGGGGAUGCUUCUGGAAAGGGGGAGGUAUCGGAACCCCCCACUACAUGUGCAGAGCUCAUCAUGCGGCCCUUUGGAUUGGGGCUAUACAUUGGGAACUGAAAAAGGUAAUCUUGUUAUUGAAAACAAACCAACCCAAGGUUAUACUCCUAAUGUAGUAGUGGGACAAGUUCCUCCGGGAACAAACCACAUCAGCAAACCUCCACCGCAAAUUAAUCUUGCACAGCUUCGGCUCCAGCAUAUGCAACAGCAGGUGUACGCACAACAAAAACACCAGCAGUUACAACAGAUGAGGAUGGGGCAGCCUGCAGGGCAGAUUCCUCGCCAGGCAGGCCCACAGAUGCUGCAGCAACAGCCUCCGAGGUUGAUAAGUAUGCAGACCAUGCAGAGGGGAAUGAAUUGCGGUGCUUUCCAAGCCCACCAGAUGAGAAUGGCUCAGAACACUGCUCGUCUCCCAGGGAUACCGCGCCACAACGGGCCCCAGUACAUGAUGCAGCCACACUUACAAAGACAAGUAUAUGCUCAUUCAAACCCAGGACAUGCAGGUCCCUUCCCAGUUGUUUCAGUGCACAAUAAUACUAUCAACCCAACAAGCCCUACAACAGCCACCAUGGCCAAUGCCAACCGUGGUCCAACAAGCCCAUCUGUAGCAGCAAUAGAGCUUAUUCCAUCAGUAACCAACCCAGAAAAUUUGCCUUCCUUGCCAGAUAUUCCUCCUAUACAGCUGGAAGAUGCUGGUUCCAGUAACUUAGAUAAUUUACUAAGUAGGUAUAUCGCAGGCAGCCAUCUACCCCCUCAGCCUAUAAGCAGUAUGAAUCCCUCCCCUGGGCCCUCAGCCCUGUCUCCAGGCUCAUCAGGUUUAUCCAAUUCACACACCCCUGUGAGGCCACCUAGUACCUCCAGCACGGGCAGUAGAGGCAGCUGUGGUUCAUCAGGCCGAACUGUGGAAAAGAACAAUAUUAGUUUCAAGACUGAACAUGUGAAAGUUAAACAGGAGCCAGGCACAGAAGAAGAGGUAUGCAGUUACUCGGGACCAGUGAAGCAAGAAAAAACAGAGGAUGGCAGGAGGAGCGCUUGCAUGCUUAGCAGUCCUGAGAGCAGCUUGACUCCACCACUUUCCACAAACUUGCAUUUGGAGAGUGAAUUGGAAGCACUGGGAAGUAUAGAAAACCAUGUUAAAACCGAACCAGCGGACUUGAGUGAAAGCUGCAAACAGUCCGGACACAGUCUUGUAAAUGGCAAGUCCCCAGUGCGUAGCCUCAUGCAUCGAUCAGCUAGAUCUGGAGGAGAAGGCAACAACAAAGAUGAAGAUCCCAAUGAAGACUGGUGUGCUGUGUGCCAAAAUGGAGGAGACCUGUUAUGCUGCGAAAAGUGCCCAAAAGUUUUCCACCUCACAUGUCAUGUACCCACUCUCCUUAGCUUCCCAAGUGGAGACUGGAUAUGUACAUUUUGCCGUGAUCUUAGCAAACCCGAAGUGGAAUAUGACUGUGACAACUUGCAACAUAGUAAGAAGGGGAAAACUGCACAAGGUUUGAGUCCUGUGGACCAAAGGAAAUGUGAGCGCCUCCUGCUUUACUUGUAUUGCCACGAGCUGAGCAUUGAAUUCCAAGAGCCAGUCCCAGCCUCGAUACCAAAUUACUAUAAAAUAAUAAAGAAACCAAUGGAUUUAUCUACAGUGAAGAAGAAACUGCAGAAGAAACAUUCCCAGCACUACCAGACACCUGAAGAUUUUGUGGCAGAUGUUCGGCUGAUCUUCAAGAACUGUGAAAGGUUUAAUGAAAUGAUGAAAGUUGUUCAAGUUUAUGCAGAAACACAAGAAAUUAAUUUUAAGGGUGAUUCAGAAGUAGCACAGGCAGGGAAGGCAGUUGCGUUAUACUUUGAAGAUAAACUUACAGAGAUCUACCCAGACAGGACCUUCCAGCCUUUACCUGAAUUUGAGCAAGAAGAGGACGAUGCUGAAAUAACAGAUGACUCCGAUGAAGAUUUUAUACAGCCGCGUAGAAAGCGUCUAAAAUCGGAUGAGAGACCGGUGCAUAUAAAGUAACCUGAUUAAAACGGACAUAAACUAUUGUAAAAAGAGAAACAUAUUUAAGUGUUCCUGGAAUAUUAUCUUGCCUUCAGUGGCCAUCUUAUUGAAGCUGAUAGUGUUCAGACAGUAUUAGAAUACAAAAAGCAUUUGUACAGAAACAUACUUGUCAAAAAGGGGGGGGGGGAGUUUUCAACUUCUGUUCCGGUUUUUUUGUUUUUAGUGUUUGAAUUUUCAUUUUUCACUUGAGAAUACUCCCUCAUUUCUCAGAUUUGUGUGUGGGAUGAAUGUUGAUAAAGAAACAAGUUUUAUAUCACAACAUUUGUAUGAACAGUGAACUCUUGUCACUACUUAGUAACCAUUUUUGAAAGACUGGACCAAGGCAGUCAUGUUUGCUUCCAUGCUAGGCAGCAGUUUAAACUGCAAGAAACCUUCCUCAAGAUCCUUUUCAUGCAACCGUAGGUGUGAAUUGGAUUGUUUUUAUUCAUCGUCUCAUCUAAGUGGUAUUGCAAGUAUCAUAUUCUGCGUUGGGUCAAAUAGCUGGGUUCUGCUUCCUUUUACUGACUGUGUAUAGAAGUAUCGUGACUUGAUCAUUAAAACAUUUUGAAUUGGAGAAUGCAGGAGUGCAAGUUCUUCAUAUGUGCUUCAUUAAGUAUGGUUGCAGUUAAUGCUUUUUGUGGUCUUGAGUGGAAGUCCUAUGCACAGAAUACUUAAGUGAGUAUCCUCUUGGAAUUUAUUAAUCCUAUUUUUCUUCCAUUGAAAGGCAGGAUGUUGGCUGCAAUACUGGUUAUAUAGAUCCUAAUAAUAUCAGAAUUAGACCAUGAAGUUAAUAGUUGGUGACUGUCCAGUCUUCCCUAAUAUCAGUUUCUGAUAGACCACUAUCAGCAAACAGUAACUUUGUCAACUACCAAAUGUGUAAAAUUUUCUGUAUUCACUCUGUCUUAUUUGUAAAUAGUGGUAUUGUAAAUCCUUUCAGACAGCAACAUUUGCUAGUCUGUUUUUAAGCUAAUAUGUAUUCUUACUAAUGUUCCUAAUCAAGAACAGAUUUGUAAUAUGUUGUUUAUUUCUAAAACUGAGUUCAUAGUUUGAUGUUCUUUUAUUAUUCCGUUAGAGCUACUCAGAGUUUUCUUCAGAAGCAGCUUAAAUGACAAGAAAAGAGUCUAUUGAGACAGAGUUAGUUGUUCACCCUUAAAACAGAAAAUUUGCAUGGACCAGUGUAUCAGGCAAGUGAUUUCUGGGUAGGUGAUGAAAAUGGGCCAGCCCCAAUUGUGGUAAUCUGCAUGUAAGGAAGCGCUUCAGUUCUGCCUCAGUGGAAACACCGAGAGCAGAAAUAUUGCUGUGUUAUUGUAAUCUUUUGUCAAACAGGUAAAAUUCCCUAUCUGGUCUGUAUUGAACAGCGCUAGAGGGUACAAUUUCAAGCCCUUGUACAGAGCCGAAAUUAGGUGAUCUUGCGCCCCUGGCAGAACCGUCCAGAUUGCACUCCCUAGCCAUGAACAAAUUAGCUCUUCUUUCUGCCUCUCCUCCAACCCCAACCCUGCACCCAUUCUUUUUUGUAAUUAAUUCUGAUUGAAGGAGGACACCAAGAUGAGGAAGGCCGACCUAGAUGACGGUAUAUAGCCAUCUCCCUACUUACGCACAGGUUAUGUUCCGGGCCCCUGCCUGCAUAAGUGAAAUCACAUAAAGUGGGGAGCACUUCACUUUAAUAGGUAGAAGGGCAUGGGAGCCAACUCCUUGGGGCCAAGGUUCCUUGAUCCUCCCUUAAAAUAUUUGAGGAGGUUCCCCUGCCCCCCAGUUAAUGAGCAUUGUCAUUAAGUUAGUGUGCGUGUGCUCCGUCUUGUCUAUUUUACAGGGCGGUGCUUACCUGCUCCCCCAUAUAUUUUAUUCAAGUUGGCACCCUUGAGGGAGGGUGUGCGAAAGGAGAGAGAGAGAGAGAGAGAGAAGUGAUUCUGGAGUAGGCAGGCUUUGAAGCUGGCGGCUCUCCCCCGCGCCCGGAGAGGCAGGGGCGCAGGCAGUGAGGUGGGCCAGGCAGUGUCAGGGGCUGAGGCUGGUGGACCUUCCCAGCCAUGACCCUGAGUGAGGUCUGGGAGAGGCAGAGCCGGCGCCUCAUGGCCAAACGGGAUGGGGCAUUUGGGGCAUGCGCAGGCUCCCCCACCAGACUGCCCAGCUGCCAGGAGGGGCAAGGGGGCAGCCGAGAGCAGCCGCUGCCCAGCACACCCUCUUCCCCGCCGCGUCUGAGCUUUGGGCAGGGAGCGCUGGCUGGACAGGGUGCCUGGCGGAGGGUCUCAGCAGCCACUUUUACACCCCCCUCGCCUGCGCCCCUGGUGGGGGCCCACCUCACCAUCCCCUAGCUAUGGCCCUGCCCCUGUGCAGCAUAUUUUUGCGACAGUUUCAAAAAUGCAGACCAUACAAUGGUGACCAAAUUUUUGUAACACUGAGUAAAUUCAUCAUGGGAAAUGGUUCACAGCAUAUAAAGGAAUUGAUGAAUAGAUUCUAUUGCACAAUGUGUUGUCUCAUUGAUGCAGAGAAUUUUAAUAAAAAUGUGUGUUUUCA